GUUUGGAAAUAUGUGUAAGCAGGUUAUCCCAAAAUUACAAAGCCCUCUACAGAUUGGCACACCUCUAUUUCAAUUACAAAUCCAAAAAAGACAUGAUCAAGUGCAGGCAGCUAUUACUUGGAGAGUACAAAUGUAAGGACGGUACGAUCGUGGCUGGGCUGUUCAGCGAUAGAAAACCCACCAACUUUUUCAAUGGUAUUCUGAGGAUCCCGUCUACCGAAAUCGACAGACCAGGUUCCUUGUCAGCUCACAUGAGUCGAUGUAUAUCUCUGCUCAUGCAGAUCCUUAGAACCACCACCGACAAUAAGACGUUGAUAGAUUUGAGUAUACAACUCAGGAAAACUCCUGAACCGGAUAAAAUUUACAUCAAAGAUUCGGAACGAAUGGCAUUUUCAGAGCAAGCCAUCAUGAUGUGUUCUCAAAGUUUGAGAAGCCAAAUGAAAAACAUCGGCACGAUGACGAAUCCGCAAAUAGCCAAAAUCCUUCAAGAAAUUUUCCGGGUAUACCAAAGGCUGCAGAAACAUAUACCUGUCAAAGAGAGUCAGUUUGCCAGCAUGAUUGUCGAGGUUUAUAAGAAAUUCAUCAAGGAAAAGAUUCCUGAUAAUGUUAACGUGUUAGACUUGGCUACAAAGUUUUGCCUUCAAAAUCGGCAGGCUGAGAAACAGAAACUUCAACCGACUCAAAAGGGAGCUCUUCUAAUGCCAAGAGGAUCUGGAAUGACGAAUUCCCCAACUCUACCAUCACCAUCGAACAUCACGACUCCUCCCGCCCUACCGCUUAAGAGACCCGGAGCGAGCAGGCCUCGCGGUCGCCCUCCCCUUCCCAAGACGCCCGGGCAGCCUCGCCAGCCCAGAGGUAAGAAUCUCUCUUCUACGAUGCCGAAAAUGUACUCCUGGCAAAAGUCCCUCUUCGAUCAAAGCUAUACCUACGAAUACCUCAAGCAUUACCAGGAAGAGCUCAUCAAGCAGUAUAGCCAGAAUCUCAGCGUUCCUCAGCUGACGCAGCUCAGCCAGAUAUUGACGCAAGGUCAGCUGACCAAUCCCGUUACGGCGCAGGCGAUUACCAGCCAGUUUCUCGCCCAAUCGGGACUGCUGAACCCUAGCAAUUUGGUGAAGCAGAUGAAUUCGGUCAGGACGGUCGGUCAAACUCAAGCGACACAGCUCAUGGACAGUCCGAGUCAACUGAACCCGAGCGCUAAGAAGAAGACGAGCAUCGAUCAAAGUCUGGCCGGUUUGACGGCAGAUCAGCUCAAACUCUUGAGCAGUCUGAUGCCAACAUCGUCCAAGCAAUCAGCAUUGUCCAAUAAAAUUACUUCUCCGCAUACCACGACUUCACCUUCUGGGAUAAUUUCAAGCAAAUCGAAACUGAAACAGAGCUCAACAAGCUUAACUAAAUCAGUUGUUACGGAUCCUGGAAAAGGUAAACAGAGUAUCGCUACAACUGCUGCAAAGAGUGUGCCUGGCAUGCAGGUCUUCAAGGAGCCAACUGUUACAAAGACUUCGAAUUCCGCUGAAGAAAAAGCUGCCAAGGAUUUGAUGAAAAAUAGACCUAGUAUUUCCAUCACUCCCGUAUCCGUGGGUUUGAACCCUCCCCCGAGCAUAUCUCCCGUUUUCAUGAGACCUUCUCCCACUACGAGCCCAUCUGGUGGUAAAACCCUCCAGGAAAAAUUGGCGGACAAAAAGAAGGAGCAGCUGAACAAAGAAAAGUUGGACCAGAAAAUGGAGCAGCUGAAGCAGAUGAAGUCCGCGGUAGAAAAAGAAAAACGCCCUUCCGAAGCUACGAUAAAAAACUUCAACAUUCCCAGUUUGCCUUCGUCUCUGAGUCUGUCUCAGUCUUCAGUGCCCACGACGUCGGUUGCUAAAACUAGUCCAGUCGUCUUAGAUUCGACUGCUGUGCCAAGAACAAUGUCCAACGGUUCUUCCAAAUACACUUCGGAUCUGGGUUUGUCGUCGUCUAUCGCUUCCCAGAUGAAGAUGGAUAUCUCGCUACCGCCAUCUAUAAAAGUAUCGAAAACUACAGUGCCCAUGCCUACACCCAUGUUUUCUGCGGAUUCGGGAAUUUCCAUCAGCCAGGUUCCCGCCAACAGCACUUCCAAAUCGAAAGCAAAAUCAAUCUCACCGAAAAAUGCCGGUACUGAAAGUACGAUAAAAUUUUCUCUAACGCCAUCUGUAGACAUAUCUCCAGUGAAAUAUAAAUCCGAAAACUCAUCUUCUGUAAUGGCGAAAACAAAACACAAAGAAAAACGUCACUUGGAAAAAUCACCUGCUGCUAAAAGUACAAAACAUCCUGAAAAGUCUCAUAAAGAAAGUAGGCAUAGGGAUCAGACAGGAAGUACACGAAUUGAAGGAACGAAGACUGACCAGCAUUUGAAAAGAGUGGACACCUCGAAAUCGGAGGAAACUAAACACAGUUCGUCAUCGAAAAGUUCGCGAGUUGAUAGUUUGAAACCAAUGUCCAACAAAGUUAUAAAAACUUUAAAAUUUCCAGUAGAAAACAAUAAUGAAUCUGCCGUUACUACAAUGGUCAAAAAACCAGAUCCACCACAAAGGAAACAGUCUUCUGAUGACGAUGUUAUUUGCAUCGAUUAGUGAUUUUGGGUGAUAAAGUUUAUUUAUUUUUAUUAUUAUUAAGAGUAUUCUCAUUUUAUUUUCUGUUGCCUCACUUGUGGCGAUCGGUCUACAGAUGAAAUGUUUGAUAAAUAAAAAACUAUUUGAUUA